CCAGCAACUUACUUUGAGAUAGCACUAGUUAUCACACUCCGUAAUAGUCUCUUCGCCUCGCGCUCGUAUUUCAGAUACUCGUCACAGGCAAAGCGAAGCCCGUUGACUUCUCGUCUGUAGCCAGCUCAGCCGUUGGACCAUAAUUCUUGGCAGUCGCGGCGUUUUCUGAUAGAUUCACCACCCUGGUCAUGACAUGCGAAGUGUUUGAGCUGAAAGAGCUGUUGCUCGAGCACUACCAAAUUCGUGAAGUCUUACGAUGUCUCCUCCACACCAUCAUGUUCCAUCGAGCAUUGGGACUCGUGCGACCCAAGAGCAUCGACUCGGAGCUCUUCGACAUCACCUAUGUGCAAUGCGGGGAUGCAGAGGUGGAGAGACAAAUAGAGGAAAAGAUUGGCCAGUUCAGCCUGUGGCUUGAGAAGAACCCCACCAAGAAAGGACAGCUCUGCCUUUCCUUCUUUGAAAAGCGACGCCCCAUCACAGGCACCGCCACAACAUCUUCUUCUGGUAGCAGCAACACCGCUCGCACAAAGUCCGAAGGCAGCAGCCAAGCCAACGGUAGCAGCAGCAGCGGCGGCGGCGGCGGCGGCGGCGGCAGCGGCAGUGGCAGCACAAGGAAGGACUCAGCAGCAUCAUGGUUGAGCGCUAGUGCCGCCCGGUUGACCCUAGGAUCGGAUAAAAUCAUAUGGGAGCAGUGGAUCAUCCCUGUCUCACUCCUCACCUCCCCCUCAGGCAGCACUCCCGGCCAGCCACCAUUCUCCUCCUCUUCCUCCUCCUCCUCCCCCUCCUCCUCUCCUGCUCACACCAGUGCUGCCCAUACCGCUGUUGCCACCACCGCUGCCACCAGUGGGGCAUCGUCGUCCCCAUCGCCCUCAUUCUCCCCCUCUGCUUCGGCCGAGGCGUGGCAGCGGCAGCAGCGCAGCGCACAGCUGGAGGCGGAUGUCAGGGAGGCGCUGCUCUCGAUCCUCACCAUGGCCAAUGAGAAGAGAGACCAUCUGCCGCCUGUUCUUACAUCCUCCCUCGUCUCAUUCCCCUUCGAAAUCUCUGUUCCAAGCAUGUCAGACUCGUUCGGAAUGGACGUUUUGAAGAGGAUGUUGCAAACAGCUCCACAUCAUGUGCUGGGAUGAUUGGUGGGUUGGUGUACAUUUUUAAACUUUUGAUGUGGCCAUUUUGGAACUCCUAGACCAAGCAUUCUUGUACAUAGAAAAUCAUUAUGUGGUCUUGUACAUAGCGGGGUAAUGCUCUUUGUGUGCUCUCUCUACACGAAAUCCUUUGGCAUGCGCUUAGUUUGUUGAUAUUCUUUCGUAUUGCGCAGUGGGAAUCCAGAAUGUA